UCUCGCGAGACUUCCUGUGACGCAGGGGCGGCCAUUUUAGGGUGCCCUUUCUGUGCCGGGGUGACCGGGAGGGAGAAGUGAUGCUGUCCCGCUUGGCCCUGCGCGCCCUGGCCCCGGCCGGCCUGAAGAGUUGGGCGCCCUCCUUGACCGCCGGAGUGUUACAAGUGUCAAGACCACUUCACACAAGUCAAGCGCACUUGGCUCCUGUGCCACCUCUUCCAGAAACAGGAGGGAAAGUCCGUCAUGGAAUAUUUCCUGAAGAAUUUUUCCAGUUCUUAUAUCCUAAAACAGGAGUCACAGGCCCUUAUAUGCUUGGGACUGGACUUCUGCUCUAUCUCCUCUCUAAGGAAAUUUACAUAAUUAACCAUGAAACAGUAGCUGGUAUUUGUAUUGUGGGACUGAUCAUAUAUGGGAUUAAGAAAUACGGUGCUGAUGUGGCAGCUUUUGCUGACAAACUCAAUGAGGAAAAAAUUGCUACUGCAGCUGCUGUGAAAAAUAAUAUGAUAGCCCACCUUGAAAAGACAAUUGCGGAGGAAAAGAAAGAGCAGUGGCGGGUUGAAGGUCGCCACUAUCUCUUUGAUGCCAAGCGGAACAAUGUUGCUAUGCUGCUGGAAACCAACUACAGAGAGAGGAUGCUGACUGUAUACAAUGAGGUGAAGAAGCGGCUAGACUAUCAAGUGGCAUUGCAGCAUCUCAAGAGGCGCAUGGAACAAGAUCACAUGAUAAACUGGGUGGAGCAAAAUGUUAGGCAGAGUAUUACACCUCAGCAGGAGAAGGAGAGCAUUGCCAAGUGCAUCUUGGACCUGAAGACACUGUCAAAGUCUGCCAGAGCAGCUGUCUAAGUGCAACAUUUACUUAUGACCUCUUAAAUCAUAAAUUUGUUCUUAAUAAAAAGAUCUGUAUGCCUCUA